AUAGUAUCUGUUCCUAGAUGCCUGGAAGACUCAUAAUUGUAGAGCUUGAAGGGACUGUCUUACUAGAAGGCAAGGGAGCAAAACUAAUGGCUUUGCCCCCGCAGCUAUUUGGGCAGGGUGGGUAGCCAGAGCUAGCUAGCCCCUUCAGUGCCGUAGAGCUGGGAAGGAGUCAGAAGUGGAGCCAGGAUGUAUGCUCCACUUUUUAUCCCUGGCUCAGCUUCUGCGUGGUUCCCAUUAACCUCUCUGGGCUCUGGUGUUGAGCCGGAGGCUCUCUCGACCCCAGCCCUGGAGCCUGGUGAGGCCAGAACUGGCUCAUCCCUAACUGACAGAUUCCCCGGAGGAAAGUGCUGGUAACAAGAUGGGUGUUGGGACUCUGACCUCUGUGGCGGGGUCAGUCGGCACCACCCUUUGUGCCACUUCCCAGCCUGGAGCCACCGGAGUUGGUGCCGCGUGGCUGGCGAUGGAAGCUGUGGCAGAGGAGGAAGAGAAGGCGCAGCAGUGGAGGAUUUUUUUUUUUUAAAGGUGCACUUGAAAUAUUUACCACCCUCCAGAAACAUGAAACCUACAAGGACUGUCUGGAGAGUGAGCCACAGUGUGAAACACUCCAGAUCCCUUAAGAAGAUAGAGACACCUAGGGGCCCACGAUCUUUAAGAGUAUAAGAGCAUAAGAAAUGCCACUGCCGGAUCAGACCAAUAGUCCGUCCGUCCAUCCCAGUUAUCUGUCUCCAACCACCUGACUCAGUGAAGAUUCCAGCACUUCGAAUGUGAGUGUCUUACGCAGCGAUGGUCUAUAAAUUGGAUGAGCGCAUAAUAGGGUCUGCUACUGAAGUGGGUGAACAGAAACUGCAUGCCUACUCAAACCGACUACCUCAUGGUGUAUGCUGUUGGUCACAGAGGGACCGGGCAAGAACGUGUGAAUGGGUCAGUGCAACCCAAUCACCGCUCUCGGACAAACUUACUCCAACGCGUGUCCACUUGGUGGGGGGGUGUCCCGUACACUACCCUCAACAAAAGUCCUUCACAAGUAGGCAGGACAGGUCAUUCUCUGAAGAAGCAGCACAAUUUAAGAAUGCAUUGCUCUCUUUGAAUGGGGAAGGAGGCUCGACAAGGUGUCCCUAAAAAUUGCUUGCCUCACCCUAUCCAAACAGGGUAAAUCACCAUUGGAGAGCUUUAUACUUGCACUGUGAGAACACAGACAAGACUUAACGCUAAGAAAAUGACCAUCAUGUCAUGGAUUUCAAGACCCUACACAAUAAGAACUGUGGUUCCCCAGAAAGAACUAAAGAACCAAUGCACGUUUAGCACAUAAACCGACCACUAGACUACCCGAUGAUGGCCCACUUACAGUGAGUGGUCUCGGAUAUAUCUUCAUAUAGAAAAGACUUCCUUUUUCAGAACAGUGGCUGUCAGGGGGUACGUUCAGACAGUCACAGGAAUCAGGCCUUCCAAAUCUGCCAGAGGCAUAAGGGUCUGAUGAUGUUAUCUAGGCACUUAAUAAAUGUCGCAAUUCUGUCUUCUCCUGAGACCAUCGCUCUGGUUGUGGAUCAUCACCGUCUUUAAGAAGAAAGGUGAAAAAUUAUACUGUGGCAACUCUCGAGGCAGCCCAUUAUUUUCCACUGUUGGCAAGAACCGCACCAGGGGACUUCUGGACCGGCUACUGAAAAACCGGAGUGUCUCCACAUUCCCAGACUUGCAGUGCAGCUUCAGACGGCAGAGUGGCACAGCAGACAGAGGUACAGAGAGCAGCACCAAGACCUCUAUUCAAUUUGCAUAGACCUCACCAAAGCGCUAGUAAAUCUGGGCUCUGGCAAAAGCUUAGUAAAUGUGGCUGCCCAGAGAAUUUCAUCAAGAUUUGGAGACUGAAUCGCGAGACAGCAUGAGUGAUCGUGGCAGAGGUGGAAGUCCCCUAUCUGAGCAGUUUCCCAUCACCUGUGUAGUAGGCCCAGUUCUGUUCAAUGCGUUCCGCGUAUCCAUGCUGGGGAUGUAAUAAGCUGGUGGUAGACUAUUUCCAAGAUUUUCCGGGGAACUCUCUCAACAACCGGCCAGGGAUAUCAUUAAAAAUCGUAGAGACAGGCAUUCAAAUUGUAUGCGGAUAAUCAUAUUUUAGAGGCACAUAAUGGCAGAUUUCCCAGCGAGCCUUAUGAGUCCCUAGAACAGAUUUCCAAGAUGAGGUGGGUUAGCAAUUUUUCAGGGAAAAAGAAGUGCCCCACAACUUUAAAAAAUGAAUAUGAAGUACACCCCUUUCAGCCAGAACUGUGGGUUUUCAUUCUGUGUUUUGGCUAGAAUUCAGCUCGGGAACUAGGGAAAGUUCACCCAGCAAUGGUAGCCUGUUUAAACAUAGGAUGUCAGGGUUUGGGAAAAAAUGACUCGUGUAUACACGUAUGGUGAUAGACACUGAAUACUACAACACAGGCCUUCUCCAUUGUGGGGUUUUGGGAACUCAACCCUUGUGUUUUAGAACUGGUUGUACUUGUAAAUGUUUUUUUUUCUCAAUUGAAGUGUGUGUUGUACAGUCUAUCUGAACAUACUGCAGCGCGGAUAGGGUGCAAAGUGUAAUGUGGAUUCCUUGACCAUAGUGCAUAGAAGUGAACUUGCCUUAGUGGUGCAGUUCCAUAAAUGAGAGACCACCUUUUUUUUUUUUAAAUAAACUAAGGCAUGAAUGACAAGCUUUGGGUUUUGGGGUGACACGAUUACAUGCAGAUGAUUAUGAAUUCCUUCACAGAGUCAUCCUGGUUCUAAUCAUCAUCCUGAUGAUUAAUCUGAAGAAAUGCAAGGUAGCUUAGCCUGCAGCAUGGAAACCCUAAUAGUACUAAUAGUAGGGUUGUCCUUUAGUUUGAAGAAAACGCUGUUGGAGGUGAGACUGUUUUACCCUACCAUGACCAAAUUGUUGUCACAUUGUUGUUAUCUAUGUAGUCCACUGUCCAACAAUACAGUGAUAGAUAAGGAAACAGAAUAUUGUAUCAAUGAGUCCAGCAUAUCCUGUGGGAGAUUGUCAGACCGUAAUGUCAAAGUAUUAGCAAGAUUGAGACCAAACUGAAGGUCUGUGGAGCUGUAGUGCUGUAUGAAACCUGUACCCAUCACAAACACCAUAGCCAUCCAACUCCUUGAACAGUUUCAUCAUUGUUGCUUAAUGUCCAUUCUUAACAUAAAGUGGGAUGAACAGUCCUGAAAUGAAACACGUCUAAUAGCGAUGAAGCGACGCUAAACUCAAAACCACUAGAGGGGCGGGCAAGGAGAAUGGAUAACCGUAGGAUAUCAAAACAACUGACUGCUGUGUAGUGAACUGAAAUGGUGCACCUGAAAGCAAGAAGGGGCGGAGGAAACUCUGAGAGUGGAGUAAACUGUAGCUUCAGUCAGUAUGGCCUCACACCUGGAAGCUGAGUGAUAACUUCAGCCAACAGGCCCGUAUGGCACAUUGCGAUGAAGAAGGCAGCAGAAGCUCUUUUUGAGCAGAAUCUUUGAGAGGACUGUGAGGUAGAAGAGAAAGCAACACCGAGAUCUGCAAGCAACAAAAGCGACAGCACACCGAAAGACAAUCUUGGUGUGUGCAAGGUGUGAAUGAACCUGGCCGUCUCACAUCGUCCUCUUCAGUCACAUACACCCAUAGGUAAACUUCACCAUCAGGGAAGUCAUCUUUGAACAACGGGAUGCUUGGAGGAACCAAGUGAUGGUUGCUCUCUUUGACAUCCAUCAUAAUGGGGAAAUUGCCCGGUCUUGCAAUUGCUAUUUGGAGGCUCUAGCUUUGGUUGGAGCUUGGUACACAGCCAGAAAAAGCAUCACCAUUGUCCAUGAUUUUUACAGCUUGAUCAGGUUGCAUUUCAUUCCUAGACUGGUCAGCAGGGCCGAUCUCAUCAAGCAAUAUGGAAGAUGGGCAGUAGUAAGUGGUGCCACGGAUGGUAUUGGAAAAGCUUAUGCUGAGGAGUUAGCAAGCCACGGUCUUAAUAUUAUCCUAAUCAGCCGGAACAAAGAGAAGUUGGAAAAGGUUGCCAAAAAUAUAGCUGAGGUCUAUAAAGUGGAAACCGAUAUCAUCGUUGCCGACUUCAGCAACGGUCGUGAGAUUUACUCACCCAUUAGAGAAGCACUGAGAGACAAAGAUAUUGGAAUCCUGGUGAAUAACGUAGGAGUGUUUUACCCCUAUCCACAGUAUUUUACCCAAUUGCCUGAGGAGAAACUGUGGGAUAUUAUUAAUGUAAAUAUCGCCGCAGCUAAUUUUAUGAUCCAUAUAGUAUUGCCAGGAAUGGUAGAUAGGAAGAAAGGUGCUAUUGUGAAUAUCUCUUCUGGUUCUUGCUGCAAACCGACUCCGCAAAUGACUGCAUACUCAGCGUCCAAGGCUUAUUUGGACCACUUCAGCAGAGCACUACAGUAUGAAUAUGCUUCCAAAGGAAUCUUUGUCCAAAGUCUAAUCCCAUUCUAUGUAGCUACAAAUAUGACCGCGUACAGUGGCUUUCUGCAUAGCAACCCGUGGUUGGUGCCUUCACCUAAAGUUUAUGCACAGCAUGCAGUUUCAACUCUUGGAAUCUCCAAAAGGACGACGGGAUACUGGUUCCAUUCUAUUCAGUUUAUUUUUGCACAGUACAUGCCAGAAUGGCUCUGGGUGUGGGGAGCAAAUAUUCUCAACAGUUCACUGCGUCAUGAGGCCCUUUCCCACAGAUUGUGAAUCGUGAAUAUCAUCUAGGAAGUUGCCAAUUCAGCUACUGCAGCCUACAGUAUUUAGAGCUUUGGAAGAACUUCGUUUGCAUUUUGUUGUAAGGUUAUUUUAAUUCAUCCCCUAGCAUGUUGGUUAAUCGCUUAUUGGGGAAAGUAGGUACUUUUAAAGAAUGUUGACAACACCUAAAGCUGACUCAGGUCUACAGUUUAUCGCCAGAGGAAAUGCUGAUUAUUUGGGGGAUAGGACCCAGGAAAUCCAGCCUGUAAUAAUUCUUUCUUUUCUAUAAAAUAUUAAAGCAAUUGAAUGGGCUUCUAUUUUGUGCUGUGAAUGAAGACAGUACAUUUCAGUUUCAGAUUGUAUACUUUAGUGACGUAAGCUAAAGGUCACGUCUUUGUAUUACAGGUUGGUUUUUUUUUUAAAUAAGCCACGUUUUCCUUUGAAAAUGUAAUUUGGAAUUUCAGAAACAGCUGGAAAAGCUGUUAGAAUGUAUCUUAAAAAUUGUUUUAUGGCUUCUGUUGUAGGAAUCUCUUCAGAUGGCAGUUUGGUUUUUCCUUAUGUUUACAGGGUUGUAUUUAAAUGUUAAGAUGCAUAUUUCAUUAGAAAGUUGGGAGAUGUAUCCAAAGUAUUGUUUAUUAGUAAAUCCAUUUAAAAAGAUAACUCUAAAUUAACUUAAGAUGAAGCUUUAUUAAAUGUUAAAGAUGUUUAAAUUCUGUUCAAUGAUGACAAUCCCGUUUAAUUUUGUAGAGCUAGCAUUACCCGUAGACUUUUAACAUUACCAUCUAUCGGUUCUGUACGGUAUUAUUACUACGUAGUUAACACUCAUUUCUGGAGUUAAAGAGGUAUUCUAAGGAGUGUGCCUCUUGAUCUGAAUACCCAAUUCUUCUGUUAAUUGUAAUUUCAACUUGUAGCCAAUUUUUACAACUGAAGUUGAGCCUUAUUGUAAUUUGUCGGUUUUCUAUGUAGUAGCCUAUUCUAAUAGCGUUUGGUUCUGGCAUAAACACAAUUAUUUACUGAGCUAAAAGUAUGGAAUAAUUGUGUCAAUGUGUUAUCUGAAAUAAACAUUUAGAAGCAUA